AUGAAUCUCGUCAAAGGAAAUCAUCUGGGGCCCUGGGAGCUUAUUUCGAGAUAUCUCUCUCGGGCGCAGCGAACCCUGUCCAAGAGCCUGAACGAGUUCAACUUCGAAUGCAUCGGAUCGACGCAAACGGACGACGAACAGGUGAUAGCGGACAGUCUGAAGCAGUUCAGUAAGCUGAUAUCGGCGAUUGAGGAAGAGCGCGAUAACAUGCUGGAUCGAGCACACGACCAAAUUGUUGGGCCGCUGGAGGAGUUUCGAAAGUGUCAUAUCGGAGGUGUGAAGGAGAACAAGAAAAAGUACGACAAAAAGACUGCCAAAUUCUGCCAGGCGCAGGAACGGUUCCUUAAUAUGUCCUCAAAAAAGCCGCGGUCGGCCGUUGAAGAG